AGUGUGGAGAGGGCAGUCUCUCUCCCUGGACACCCUCUGUGGAGUGCGACUCUGAUGCGUGCCAGAGCAGCACAGAUGAGGCAGUUUUGAGGCGAAUGAAAAGCUGCCUGGCUGACAGGCUGUGUUGUUUCCUCUUAGCGGUGUAUGAGGUGAUCAGUGCCCUGAGCUCCCAAACUCAUAUCCUCCCGGGGCAGAGGGUGCUGUGUCUCCGUGGCCUGCCCCACAGAAGCAUCUUUGAGGAGGUAGAGAAGGACGGCUGACCCAUCCCUGCUCCCCGGAGCUCAGCACUGGCCCCUGCGAGCCUGGCAUCUGGGGCAGAAGCAACAUCAAAGCCGGGAUUGGCCGACUCCCACCACGAAUGCCAAGCAGGCCAGGCGAGGGCAGCGUGGGGGCGUGACAAAUCUCAGCCUGCCUCUAACUUGUGUUCCCUGUCAGUCUGCCCUGGCCUUGCCUCGCGAUGACGGGCCCGCCACUCAGCCUCACUCAUCUCCUCACCAUUUCAGGACUUCUCUGUCACUCAGUUGGCUACCUGGCCCUUCCUGGCCUGGGUCAGAAGAAGCGGGGCAGCCACAGAGCCUGCUGCCUGCUGACCCCGCCGCCUCCCCCGCUGUUCCCGCCACCGUUCUUCAGAGGCAGCAGAAGCCCGCUUCUCUCUCCAGACAUGAAGAAUCUUCUGGAACUUGAGGCCUCACCAUCACCCUGCAUUCAAGGCUCACUUGGCUCUCCUGGGCCCCCUGGACCCCAGGGUCCACCGGGGCUCCCUGGCAAGACAGGAGCGAAGGGAGAAAAGGGGGAUCUUGGCCGCCCAGGAAGGAAGGGUAGACCUGGACCCCCAGGUGUUCCUGGCAUGCCUGGGCCUGUUGGCUGGCCAGGCCCUGAAGGACCCAGGGGUGAAAAAGGUGACCUGGGUAUGACGGGCUUGCCGGGGUCGAGAGGACCAAUGGGCUCUAAGGGCUUCCCUGGAUCCAGAGGGGAAAAGGGAUCCAGAGGCGAAAGGGGUGACUUGGGUCCCAAAGGAGAGAAGGGUUUCCCUGGAUUUCCUGGAAUGCUGGGGCAGAAAGGUGAAAUGGGUCCCAAGGGAGAACCUGGGCUAUCAGGACACCGAGGCCCCACGGGGAGACCGGGAAAACGAGGCAAGCAGGGUCAAAAGGGAGACAGUGGAAUAAUGGGCCCACCAGGCAAGCCUGGGCCUACUGGUCAACCUGGUCGUCAAGGUCCUCCAGGGCCUCCAGGUGCCCCAUCUGCAGGACAACUUGUCAUGGGACUCAAAGGAGAAAGAGGACUUCCAGGGCCUCCAGGAAGAUGCCUUUGUGGACCCCCUGUGAAUGUGAAUAGCCCCUCCCACGGGGACUCCACCUAUGGCUCCCCUCGGGUUCCUGCGAUAUUUGUGGUCAACAGCCAGGAAGAGCUUGAGAAGCUGAACACUCAGAACGCCAUCGCCUUUCGCAGAGACCAGCGAUCGUUGUACUUCAAAGACAGCCUUGGCUGGCUUCCCAUCCAGCUGACCCCUUUCUACCCCGUGGGUUACACCGUAAGCCAGCAUGGCACCUGUGGGGACGGGGUGCUGCAGCCCGGAGAGGAGUGUGACGACGGUAAUCCAGAUGUGGGAGAUGACUGCAUUGACUGUCACCGGGCCUACUGUGGAGACGGUUACCGGCACCAGGGCGUGGAGGACUGUGACGGCUCGGACUUUGGCUACCUGACAUGCGAGACCUAUCUGCCUGGAUCGUAUGGAGACCUCCGGUGCACCCAGCACUGCUACAUCGACUCCACACCCUGCCGUUACUUCACGUGAGGGGCUCGAGGGACAGGUGGGUGCAGCCCACGUAACUGGUGGCUGUGUCUCUGCCCUGCACAAGCUGGCCUUACUCUCUCUUGGGCCAGAGCCCACUGACCUUCAAGUGACAAAACAAGGAUACAUUCUUGCUGCUAAGACAUGCUUUUGACUCAGUUUGACUGGAAGAGUUUUGGACCACUGCAUCCUGUCUUAAUUAAAAGAACCAGAAACCUUCUGUCCACCCUGGGACUACCUUCCCCCCAACCUCCCCAUCCCACCCACACCCUGCUCCCUGCACAUCGUCUGGCUAAACAGCUGGCUGUGAUGCCUUAUCUCUUCUGGAAAGAUGCUGGCUCAGGCCCUGAACUCGGCUUAGCACUGUUAGACACACGGGAAUCGGCAGGGCUCCUGCAUUUUGUUCUGCUCUCAUCUGGGUUUGGGCGAGCUGGUGCACAGGCUUCCACACCCUUCAGACCUCCAAGUGUAGCUCUUCUCACCCAAGGCAGCCACCUGUUGGGUCUGUCAAGGUUUAAGAACCACAAGACAGGAGGUGAGCAUAUUCUCCUGGUGCAACUCCCAGCUUCAGACCUGCUUGAGAGACCCUGCAACUGGCCAGGGCCCGAUCAACUUCACGUGGAGCUGGAAGACUUGAGGAAGCCACGUGAUCCAAGCUCACUCCCAAGGAAAGGGGGGAGACUCAGCUGAGUCACUUUUCCCGGUGGAACCAUGUCGGAACAGAAGCCUUCCUCUUCCUGAAGUUCUCCAAGGGACAGUGGUUAUAGCUUCAAAUCCCAGGUGCCCUCUUGGCCUCUACCUUGAGGGUAUCCUUCUCAACCGCGUCUUGUGUGAGAGACUCACUCACACACCCUCACCAGGGCAGGUUGCUGGUGUUUUCUCAUGCUGGCUUCCCUGGAUAGGGCUCCACUGCCGAGUCCUUGCUGUCUGCUGUCUGCUGUCUGCUGGAAUGGCCCCGUGAGCCUCGUCCGUGCCUGCACCUUGCUCACCCUGGUGUUUCUCGUGUGCCUGACUGCUUCCGUUUUUCCUGGGAUUCACUUUUCCUUAACCCUGCCUAUUUGAGAACUGCCUUCCCCAUAUUUCCCGAGUGGGGUCUGGCUCUAUUUUGGAAAGACAUGUCUUUUUGUCCCCCUCCCCAGGUACAUACACUUAUCUUGUCACCGUAUGGGCUGUCCCCCUGUGCUGUUACACAAAGCUCUUCAGUGAGUCGAAGUCUUGGGAACUCAGUGACAGCACCUUUUGUUACCCAGCAAUUCAGAACUGUGAACUGUAUUUCCUGAGAGCAGUUAACUGGAGGCUGUGUCUUCCAGGCAGGCAUUGCUAUUUAUAUUACAUUACUAUUCUGGGGCUUCUGGGUGAGCAAGCAAGGAAUAAAGGUAAUUCCUGGU